AAUUUAAUUGCACGUGUGUUUCUAAUUAUUGCGAUUUUCUAUUACUAUUGAAUUAUUUACUGAUUUAAAAAAUUGCAAUGCCUCCAAUUCGAAAAAAUAAAUCCGACAGUUCUAGUAGAAGAGAGAAACAGACUCUGGAGUCGAGUGGCGUAGUUUCAGGACAAUUAGAUAAAAGGUUGAAGCAACAGCAACAAAAAAAUAAUGAUAAACGAGGGAUUGUAUUUAUUAAGCACUUACCACAUGGAUUUUUCGAAGAACAAUUGAAGAAUUAUUUUGAGCAAUUUGGUAAGGUGACACGUUUGCGACUUGGCCGUUCCCGGCGUACUGGUACCAGCAAAGGCUUUGCAUUUGUAGAAUUUGAAUACCCUGAAGUUGCAGAGGUGGCGGCUGAGACAAUGGAUAAUUAUCUCAUGUUUAAAAAAGUUGUUAAGGCUGCGUAUAUUCCUCCAGAGAAACAACUUUAUAACUAUUUCAAAACAUCAUUACGUAGAGUAAAGAAUAAGGCUGGCAAAGAAAUUUAUGUAUCUCACAAGACGGCAGCAAUACAGCGCAAAGUGAAGCAAAUGAACAACUGGUCGAACAAGAGUUAUCAAAAACGUGCCUUGAAAAAAUUAGAAAAAGUAGAAAAGCUAAAUCAGAAAUAUGCCCAUUUAGGUAUUGACUUUUCGAAAGUUCUCAUUGAACCCAAUAAAAUAGAACACAAAACUGAAGAAGUGAACGAUGCAAAUGAAAAUAAAUUGAAAAGUGGCAGUUUGGAUAAAAGUAAAAAUUCAAAAACACUUAAUAAAACCAUAGAACUCCAGGACCUAUUAGGUAAUACAUUGAAUGAUGAUUCCGCAGAUGAGGACUAUGUUGUGCAGUCCCAAAGUGAUGAAGAAAGUCCAGACAUUGAUAGCGAACAGUCUGAUUCAAGCACCGAUGAGGAGACAUAUGGAUUUGCCAGAAGUUCCGACAGUGAAGAAAGUGAUAGAGAGGAAAAAGCUAAGCAAAGGAGUAUUCCCUUGGGCAAGUCUUUUAAAGCGGCGAAAGUAGAUAAUUUCGAAAAACUAAUUAAGCGAAAACCACAAACUGGUGGUAUACAGAAGGCUAAGAAAAUAGUUAAGCCCCCAAUUGUAAAGAAAACUUCAAAGAGUAUCUUACAAUUAACGGCAGCGAAGGAAAUCGUAAAAGCUGUGCCAACCAAGAAAGGAAAAUCGGCGGUGUUAAAAACUAAAUCGUCUAAAUUACAAAAGAUUAGGAAAUAGAUUGUUUUUAUCGUAUAUAU